AAGGAAGUACAGCAAGCACAGUCCUGAAACUGUGGAGUUUGGGCCCCAAUUUUAUCUGGCGAGCCAAACAAAAGCAAAAGUGGAUGUCUAAAUUUCAUAUUACAUGUGACAGAGAUAACGGACACUCGUAAUAACCUCUGCGGUUCGACAGUCAUGGGAGCAAACAACAGCACCCGGCGAGUGUCAUUUGAGUCUGAUGAGAACGAUAAUAUAGUAGAGGUGAAGGGCAUACGGCUUUCCGAAAAUGUCAUCAAAAGGAUGAAAGAACCUGCUGCKCCUUCCAAACCAAAACAGCAUGCUCCCACUUCUGCAUCGUCUGUGGCACCCAACCUCGCUCCAUCUCCCUUCCUGCAGCCCAUGCCUCAAGCCUCGUCCGCUCCACCUGCCCUUGUUGAACCCGUUCCAGCUCCUGCUGCCACAGAGACUGUGGCUGCACCUCCUCCUCGACCUCCCACAGACCAGCCCGCAGUGCAUCCAUUUUCACCUGCUCCAGUCCCCGAGCCAGCGGUAAGGCCUGAGUCAAGUCCAGUUCCACCACCUGCUGCAGCACCGGCAGUGGAUGACGAGGCCCUGAGGAAGAAGAUCGCUGAUGAGCUGAGAAAAGGCUUGGAGCAAGAGAGGGCUAAAGCCGAACAAGAGAUGCAAGCAUGGUUUGAUGCAGAGAAGGCCCGAGCAUCAGCACAAGCUCAGGCUGAAACUCAAUCACAAGUCCAGGCUGAAGUAUCCAGAAUGUUGUCUGCAGAGCGGGCUGCGACCCAAGAGAGCCUCCAGCAGGCCAUUCUAAGAGAAAGGAUCACCAUCGAGGAUGAGAGGCUCAGAGCUCAGCUGCUUGCCAAGAAACUGCAGGCCAAGGAAGCAGAUCUGAAGAAGCAGGAUGCUUUCUACCGAGAUCAAGUGGCCCGACUGGAGGACAGGAGCGCUCAGAUCUACAAGGUCACCACUGAAAACUACAAUAAAGCUGCAGACCAGCUGAAGGCCAGGUUCAAGAGGUAUGAGGUGUCUCCUGUGUGUGCAGACCUUCAGGGCCAGAUCCUUGCUUGCUACAAAGAAAACAUUGGAAGAACUUUGAAUUGCUCCAACAUAGCAGCUCUUUACCUGCAGUGUGUUAACAACGCCAAACAGAACAAGCUGAAGACCGGGGGAUAAGGAUGAGAAAGCGAAUGAAGGAGCAAUGCAGAGUAUAUUGUAAGGGGUUGUUGAUUGACGGACUGACACUCUAAGCCGAAAGGAUGAGUCAGCACCAAGACUCACACCUUCGAAACCCUUUGGAGAACCAAACCAGACUAGAGGCACUGAGCACACGAAGAGGAAAAUAAUACCUUAGAUCCUUUUCUACCUCUCUUUCCCUUUGUCUGUCUCUCCUCUGAUGAUGGUAGAGUAACAGUAAUUCUGUCUGAUGCUUUGGAGAUAUAGAAGUGGACCAUAAGGUUGAGCUUGACCAUCUACUGUAAGUGUUGACUGGAACCACCUCAAGAAAACCAACCAAUCUCUGCCAUGGGUCCCUUAGAUCAGUCUCCACUCACAUUAGUUAUCUGUUAAAUUAAGUGUUCACAUUGUUACAAGUCAGUCCUAUUAUGUUCUCCAUAGUUUAUAGUUUCCUUGCUCCUUGGUGUGGACAGUGUAUAUGGUGCAUCUGUUUCUUUAUAUUUGUGUGACUUUGUGUUACUCAUACAAUCGAGUUCAGCAUUCACCAACUCAUCGGAAGAAAUAAAAGGCAAAACCAUGCA